AUGGCUCCUGUCCUGUUUGAACCCACAAUUGUUUCCCAGCCCAGUACUCCUCCAUUGAAGGUAGCAGUCAAUGAUGUUUCCACCGGUAGGGUCAACCUCACCCUAAAGGCACGUCCUUGGCGACUCCUGCACCUCGCCGAUGCCCUCAACCUCCCUCCCCUAGACGCCCAGGAAGAACAUCCGGAUAUUCAUAUCCAGCGACUACUCCAAUUGGCCUGGAUCACUACAAUCAGAGCAUUUUGCUGCUCGACAACCCUAUACAUUGGUCAGGACUAUCCAAAGGGUCAAUGCUACAUAGGUGAGGCGGCUCAUGGCUACUCGAAGCCGACCGUCCAGAUCCACGUAGAUCCUCAUGAUACCGUGGGAGAUAUGUUCCGCGAGAGCAUUGAAGCAUUAGUCCCAUUAUCCCAUAUGGGGGUCACGGAGAAAGUCCAUACAGGCCAAGUUGGCGAGAAUUCCGGCUUCAAUGUGACAAUCUUCUACCAGAAGCAACCGGCGGAGCGCACCCUGUCUAGUCAAUGCGUGGACGGAUUCCAGGUCUGUUGCGGCGCACCGGCGAGAGAGUCAACGGAGGUAGACUCGUUCCCCGGUCUCCAGCUUUCCGUACGCCAUACCUCCGACGAUAUGUUACAUGCCCGAUUGGAUGUUGGAAACACUGAUAUUGGACUGCCAAUGGCCACAAGCCUCUUGCACAGCUUCAACCAGGCUCUCUCGUCAAUUGAUGGCUCUUCUACACAAACCAUCGGUAGCCUUGAAUUAUGCUCGCCACAAGAUCGUGAACAGAUUACCCUAUUCACUGGAGCUAUCGGCCCUACGCAUGAUUCCCUCCUACAUGAUCUUUGUUUACAGCACGCAAAGACAACCCCUGAUGCUCCCGCCGUUCGCUCCUGGGAUGGGGAUCUGACAUAUCGCCGACUUGAGGAAUUAACUUCUCGGUUAGCACAUUGGCUAGUGGGACAAGGCGUUGGACCAAAUAUCUAUGUCGCUUGUGCCUUCUACAAAUCCACCUGGGCCAUUGUGGCUAGACUGGCUGUUCUCAUGGCUGGUGGUGCGUACAUCUGCGUUGAUGGCAGUGACCCACCACCAUACCUUUCCUCUGUUCUCGAGCGCACCCAGAUAAAGAUCAUGCUCACCUCAGAAGGAUAUAAGGGAAGAUUUGCCGACCGGAUUGAAACCCUCUUCGAGGUCAGCGAUGCUUCCGUUUCCAGUUUGCCACUGGUGACAUCAGUCCUUUGUUCGACCGUCACGCCCACCGACCCUUGCGUUGUACUCUUCACAUCUGGCAGCACAGGAAGCCCAAAGGGAAUCAUUCAGGAGCACCGUAGCUAUGCUUCGGCAUUAACGGAUUACAUCCGAGUCAUGGACAUGGGGCCACAUAGCCGGAUGUUCCAAUUCGAUUCAUACACGUUUGAUAUCAGCAACAACGACUUUUUAGCGCCUCUCAUUGCCGGUGGAUGCUGCUGUGUUCCCACUAAAUCUCUGACGAUGGAAUCCCUCAUGAAUGACAUGAACGACCUGGAGGGGAACAUAAUGUUCAUAACACCCUCAGUUGCCAUCGAUAUGGAACCAGACCGCGUCCCCACCCUGGAGAUGAUGUGUAUUGGCGGCGAGCCAGUGUCAGACGCGGUACUGGCAAAAUGGCUGGGCCGCGUACAGGUAGUGAAUCAAUAUGGUAUGGGCGAGGUAGCCUCCCUCUGCGCCUAUAACCGCAAUCUUCAGAUGGGUCGUGGGUCAGUGGUCGGUCGCCCUGCUACCGGUACAAUUUGGAUCGUCAAUCCCGAUAAUCCUGACCAGCUGAUGCCCGUCGGAGCCGUGGGCGAGCUCCUCAUCGAGGGUCCUCAUCUCUCUAGGGGAUAUCUAGACCACGUGUCUGGAAAAUCGGAGAACUUCCUCUCCACGCCUCCAGUCUGGAUGGCCCAGCUCCACCCCGAAAGGCCAAACCACCGCCUAUAUCGCUCUGGGGAUCUAGGGCGGUACAACCAUGAUGGGACGAUCGAGCUAAUGGGCCGGAAAGAUAGUAUGCUCAAGCUCGACGGAGCGCGGGUCGAAGCUGGCCAAGUGGAGUACGUCCUCCGGCGGAACUUAUCCACCGGUGAUUUUGCUGUCGUCGACGUUCUUGGAGCUAUUGACGGCCAGGGCGAUCCCAUUCUUGCCGUAUUCUUAUACUUGACAAAUAACCCCAUGAACAUGGAAAGCGGUCCAGCUGAAGAGAUGGAGUUCCGUCCGAUCAGCGAGAGACACGCUGUGCAUGCGCUCACCCAAUCGCUCAGCGACGCGGUCCGCCAGACCUUGCCGAAGUACUAUGUUCCUGGGUUGUAUAUCCUAAUUGAUAGAGUCCCACGUACCAGAUCAAAAAAGACCGAUCGGCGGAAGCUUCAUAUGUUGGGCCAGGCUUAUUACAUGAAGUACCGGGAUGUGCUGGAGGGAAUUACUGUUUGGUUGGAUUGGAUAUAG